AUGUCUCACUCCCGCAGUGACGGGCGAGACUCCUCUGCCGGUGUGCCCUCCUCCCACCCACCACCACCGCCACCGUCUCCACCCCGAGUCGACCGCCAGCCCAGCUCCUCGACCGCAAACUCGCAUUCCACUAGCCGUUCUGAUCGCUACUUUUCAGAUUGUCCCGCGUCCACAACAUUAACCUCGCCUUUGUCAUUCUCAAGCCCUAGGACAAAUAAACCGUCGACAGUCCUAGUCGGGACCCUCCAAACUCUACCAGAGACAGAGGACGAACCCACAUUCAACGGCUCCCCAGAGACAGGUCAUCGGCAAUUUAACAACAACAACAAUAACAACAACAACCGUCGUCAUAUCGCAGAUCUUUCAGCGUUUCGCAUCGACACCUCUGGAUCCUCGACACCGACACUACGGCAGUCCCCUCCCCCACAAUACGGCGACGACCCGCUGCCGACACAACUCGAGCUCCCUGCCGACAGCAGCCCUACUCCCCACCAGUCCCUUGUUGGUCGCCAGCCGCCAUAUUUUCUUCAUCCACCAUCGCCGCCUGGGCUCCCAAAAGAGAUGCCCGAGGAGGGUAACUCUUCCGCUGAGGGUUCCUCCUCCGAGGCCCGCUACCCUCAUGCACCGGCCGUGAGCAUCCCACCAGAGCGGUGGUUCUCACCAAGGCAAUCGGACAUGCCGCAAACACCUUCAUCUGGAAGUCGGAUACGUCGUGUGCCAGUACCACUGGAGGACCCCCCAUCAAUAGCACUGAGUCCACAGGAGCAUUCGCCGACUCGAGCAGCCGCUAGGAGUGCUCAGACGACACGACGACUGAUCUCACAAUGGGAGGAGACAACGUCUGGCCCCUCGACGCCGAGUCGUGUGAGGAUGCCUCGCGGAGGACUGUCAACACCAGCACUGUUGGGUUCACCGUCUGGCCUCACUUCCUCACCAGCUCGACGAGCUCUCUCUCCCGCCCUUGCCCCGCCAUCCCCGACUCCCUCAUCAUCACAACGACAAUCCUCAUCACAGCCGCCGCCGUACCUGACGGACAAGCCUUUGCCGAUCCCAACGCCUACGGCCGACUCACCCAGCGCACGGCCGCGGAUACCGUCUGCACGGCCCAUACCAGCAUCAAAGCGCAUGCCAUGGCCACCGCCAGAGAAAUCACGUCAGCAAGUGUCGCGGCCGCCCCCACUGUAUUCCAUCGACAACCGACCGGUCUCGCCUCCGCCGAAUUCGUGGUCUCCGACGGAUGCAACCGACAAGAAGCGAAAAGCGCACGACUCUUGGUGGCAGCAACAGGAGACGUCGCCGUCCAAGCGAGGGAUCAAGGCUGGAGCUGUCAAGCGCUCACCGUUUAGAGAGCUGAAGGGCGUGUUUGCAGGUUUACGACGGAAAAAGGGCGACAUUUCUCCCAAGAGGGCUCGGACAUCGCCCCAGAAACUCGGAGCACCGGAUGGCGAGGACGAGAGCGAAUGGUUCUCACCACCAGCGACGACGUCAAAUUUACCAGGUGGCAUCGUAUUCAAACCCGAUCGCAUGGGCGACGAGGAGAUGGGCGACGCCCAGUCCAAUGGCAACUCCCUCAGAAGUUCCCAGGCCAUCUUUCUCGAGCCGCUCAGAAGCGGAUGGGGUUCAUGGCAAACAGCAUGGGCGAAUCUCACGCGCGAUCGACUUGCCAUCACCUACGCGCCUGCUUUCAACACACCAGGGCUGCCGGCGCCUUACUCUGCGAUUCCCAGGCCAUCCAUCGAUGCACGCCCAAAUGUGCAGAUCAACAUGCGCGACGUCGCCGAGGUGCGAUCACUUCGACGCGACGAGAUUCCAGGCCGUGGCAUCCCUGUGCCUCCGGAAGGCUUCAACACCGAGGUGCUCGAGCUAGUGUUUAAUGACGGCUCAAAGCGGUAUAUGGGAGUUGAAGGGGUGGAUGGCCGGCUCAACUGGGUAAGCUCCAUUUGGGAUGACAUCCUCUCCCUGAAACAAGGCAAGAUCGACAAUCCGAUCCCGCCCCCGUCACCCAUGUCAACGGCCUUCAAUACUGCUGCUCCUUGGCAAGGACCUUCCACUGCUCGCAUCUCCGAAGAGCGCGUCUCCGCCUCCAGUCCCGUCGGACAGCCGCAGGUUCAGAAGAUCGGUGGUCGAUGGGUUGCCUCGCCAGACCUCGAGGUGCCGACGUUACAUGGUCGUGGAGGACCUGCCGGCGGUCCCGGGCUCGGUGAGGGCCUGAUGGUCCGCUCGCUCCCAACCACACCGCCGCUCGUUCCCGCCGACACGGAUAGGAACCGUCACCUGCUCCCGCCUAUCUCGCAGGAGCCUUCAUUGUCUCUGCGUGGGAUGUCCGCCCCUACCACUCCGACAAAGAGCACAAUGACGGACGAAGGUAUCAGGGCGUUCUCGACGGACCCUACUGCUGACCCGGCUCCUUCUCCUGGCCGAGUGCGACCUCUUCCUGCGCCGCCUCCCACCAGGCCGCCGACACUUCCAGCUUCCUCCAUCAGGUCGUUCCAGACGGCACCGUCCCGUGCACCUGCGCCUGCCAGUCUGCGCGAGAGCGUCGUCGCCAUGUUCAAUGCCCAGAACGACCAGCGAGACCUUCAUAGUCCUCGUCGGACUCGCUCUUCGGCCAUGGAGGAGCGCAUCCGGGCUUGGCAACCCAAGCCAGAGGACCGGCCACCCUCGCGCGCUGCCAGCCAUCGGUCAGUAACGAGCGUGUCGAGCUUCAACGACAGUGACCUCAACCCUUCUCGAUCGGCCAGUCAGGUGCGACGACCGGACUCGUACAUGGCUUCCAACUCUGUCCUGCCCCUGGAGCAUCCGCCAAAGGAACUCCACCCUGUACAGGAGGAGGUGUCUCCCCGGGAAAGCCUCAACAGCCACCACGCUGGUAACCCCAGCGAGCGCGCCCCAUCGGAGUGGGUUACCCAAUUAAUGACGACGACUGGACCGGCGCCGGACCCCGUUCGUCCCGCCGCUGCGUGGGGACCCCUCAACGUGAGGAAGGCUCUCCCUGAUGACCCGACUGCCAAGGGGCUUCCGGACCUCCCAACCCGUGCCAGAGCCUUUGAGCCCCUCGCUCGCGAGGGAGGACCCCUCUCUGGUGGGCGUCCGAUGUCCCGUGGCUCUCGUGGGCCAUCGAGGGCGCCGUCACCACCGACAGUACCGGAAGAAUCUGAGGAGUCAACAGAUCAUAAGACCUCUGAGGACUCCAAAGACAAUGGUGGCUAUCAGCCUCCAGUCCGAACUCUGCGGAACGUCUCUGCUGCUGCUCCGAACGUCCACCCUGCUCCAUCCGUUGCUCAGCAGUCCAUCAUCCCUUCAGCCAUUGCGCCCACCAUUGCUCCCACGGUCACCGACUCCGAGCGCACGCUUGCUCCCACUAUUCCUCCCAGCAAGGUCUCCUCUGUCGAGACAGAGACGCUCAUCGCCACUCCCAUCCCGAACGCUCUCCUGUAUACGCUUCCCGAUGUCGAGGAGCCGAACCCGUGGUUAUCAGAGGUGGACGAGCCUCAGACCAUGGGUCGGGCCCGCUCGCCCAGCCCGACUGCCUCCCGCGUUAGCCGCCGUGACGACGCGCCGACUCCCCGGGCUCGAUCCGCCAGCCCCGCACGAGUUAGCCCCGUCCGGACGUACGGCAACGUCGGCCGCUCGAAGGACGGCAAGUCCACGGACGUCACGCCCAAGGCCAAGUCCAGGUCUCAGGACGAGCCUCACUCUCUGUCCCGUGUCACGAGCCCUCUUGGUGGUCCUCUGAUCGGCAACCUCAUCAGCCCUCUCAGCUCAAGCAACAAGACCAAGACCACCUCGGGCACUCCUGGACGACGGGCAUUCGGUACCCCAGGCUCCGGCGCUCCCAGCCCUGCUCGUAUGGGCUCUCGUCUCCUCGCCGUUGCGUCAAUUUUCGAGCCUGAUAUCGUCAACCGUGUCGGCAGCACGCAUCCCAGCGACUCGAGCGGUUCGAACAUCAACGUUGGCCGCAUUCCCGCUCCUCGUCCCGGUCCUCUGCGCAGCGUCAACAGCCUGAACAACUUGAUCACUGCCGACGAGUCGUCCCGCGAGAACGAGGAGCAGGCACCCGCAUACCAGGACGCUUUCAAGGAUGCCGAAGACAACAGGCACCCGUUCGAGUUUGAUCCGAAUCUGACUGAGAAGGAAGCUCUCGCCAUGAUGGACGAGAAGAAGAUGCUCAAGGCGCAGGAAGCCAUGCUUCUGGCCCGCGAGCUCCCGUCUCUGCCCUACGAUGAAGGAGAUGCGUUCGAAGACGCCGACGUCGACGAGACUGCCUCUAGGCUGUACAACCAGAAUGGCUACCUGAAGGAUAUUGGCGCAACGGCACGCACCGGACCUGGGCUGGAUGAUGCCGAAGCUCCCCAGCGACCCAUCUCGCCUGGUAUGCGUCUCAAUGAGCCAUACUUCAACGGUGACUUCCACCGUGGUGGACCGUACUAUGUCGAGUACCUUGACCCUCGCGAACUCCUGCCUCCGGAUCAGAGGAAUCGACCCGUCACGCCUCCCAGCAUUGUCAACACAGACGAUUAUGUCGAUCCUCGCCGCGCCACUGUUGAGGAUGCCUCUGACGAAGACGGAGCACACGAGUACGCUAGUGACAACGACGUCUACAAGCGCCUUCCCUUUCUCGGGCCCGACAUGCCUGACACCACCGACGAGAACUCGAUCAUCGAGGAUGAGGGCUCGUACGUUGACUUCGAGGCCGUCGAGCGGGAGCAAGAGCUGUACAACCGCAUGGGCUACCUCAAGGACCUUCCUGCGAUCGACUACGAGCGCGACAACCUUCUUCCUCCCGACCGUGCUUCUCUUCUCCUGACAGAGGGCGACGGUGGCAGUUCGGUGUUCGAGUCGGACGAGGACCAGUUCCUGCGCAACCUCCGUAACACGGAUUCGUCAGAGAGCCACUCAACAGUCACGACCAACAGCACCGCACCUCCGAUUCCUGACAAGGACGUUCCCGGCUUCAAGUAUCCUUUGCACCAGGGCAUGACCGAGAAGGAGAUCAUGGAUGACCACACGCAAAAGGCACUCGAGGACCCGUUACCGUUCCGCCCGCCGCCGAUUCUCCCCAUGCGCAACAAGAGCCAGGAAGAGAUUGAUAGAGACAAUCUCCGCCGCCAGAUCGACAACGGUACCGUCGUACCUUCCGAGCGCGGCCGCUACGAUGAGCCGCCUCGUACCUACGCCAACGUGCCUCUGUCCGAGGGUCGUCCUGUUCACCACCAUCACCGCCACCCCGUGCCGCCCAUCCCGCAGACGAUCAACACCUUCAACCUCCCUGCUCCCCGUCCGGUCCCUGUCGAGGGCCUGCCGUCUCCAGUCAUCGGAUGGGGCUCGCAGCACGGUGCAGGGUCUGCGGGACGUCGGCCUCCUACGGGCCUCGGCAUUGGUGCGCCGCCUCGACCCAUCUACUCCCAGCACACGAUCCCAGGUACCAUGCCCGGAAGUAUGCCUGUGGUCGGUUCGAUGGCGCACGGCCCGAUGCCCGGUCUCGGUCCCUACUCUGGCUAUGAUGGACGAACAGGCUACGGUCACAGCCGCCGCUCCAGCAGCAGCUCGUCCUCGGGUCACUCGCACAAGUCCAAGAAGUCGCACAAAGGUCUGAAGCGCGGUCUGUUAGGGGUUGCUGCUGGCGCCGCCGCUGGUGCGCUAGCUAAGAAGCUAGUUGACGACCACAAGGACCACGCCGAGCCGCUCGAGUUUGGCAAGAAGACUCCAAACCCGGAGGUUAUUAAGAUUGUCGAGUCAGACUCCAAGUCGAAGAAGCAUGACGACGACCGUCCCUCCAAGCUUGUUGGCAACAUGCCCGCGUCCUCUGCGACUCCGGCCGCCGCUGCCGCCGUUCCCGCCGCGGCGAUUCCCUGGCUGGGCGGCGGUGCGCCGUCGGUCGCUCCCCCUCCCUCUGUCGCUCCCACGGCUCCUCCGACCGUUGUUCCCUACCCUGUCGCUGCUGUUGCUCCGUCUGUCGCUCCGACUGCUGCUCCCGCUGCAGCGCCGGCUGCUGCACCUGCGGCUGCCCCCGCUGCCAACGUUGCGCCUGCCGCCGCUCCCGCGGCUGCUCCAGCUGCUGCCGCUCCUGCGGCUGCCCAGCCCCCGCCACUACCGCCGCCAACGUGCCCGUCAAAGACAACCCGAAGGGCAUUCCCGCGCCACUCAUUUUCUCGCGCCCUCCGGCCGAGAGCGCAGGCGGCGGCAGCGGUGGUGGUGAGCCUCCCGUCCGCUCGUACGGCAAUAUGGCAUCCGAGGACGACGCCGGAACCUCCGGCGGCCGGAACCUCCGGCGGUGGUCCAAAGGCCACCCGCAGCAUCCUUAGGAAGGGUAGCGGCGGUCCGCCCGUGUCCUCCGUUGCCAACGUUCCCGGUGAGAAGCCUGCCCAGGCUGCCUCCGCUGAUAAGCCCGCGAAGGCUGACAGCGGAGGUGGUGGUGGCGGCGGCGGUGGCCUCAUGGAGAAAGCCCUUCCCGCCCUCGCCACUGCGGCUGGGGGGCUCGCCGCCGGAGCCAUGGCGCACAAGGCACACGACAAGGCCGAGGAGAAGGACGAAAAGAAGGAGUCCAAGGAGGAGAAGAAGGACGCGCCCAACAUCGAGCCCAAGGGCACGGCUGCCGCGGUCGAGUACGGCAACAUGGCCAAGGGAAAGGAUGCCCCGAAGGGCGAUGCUCCGAAGGAGGCCGCUAAGGACGCACCGGCUGGUGACAAGCCCAAGGACGCCCCCAAGGACGGCGCUAAGGGCGAUGCUCCAAAGGAUGCAGCCAAGGACGCUGGCAAGGCCGCCGCAGCCGGAGCUGCUGGUGGUGCUGCUGGUGGCGCUGCUGCGAAGGAUGCCCCUAAGGACGGCGGCAAGGGCGGUGACGGCGGCGGCGAGAAGAAGGCGGACCCGAUCGCCGACAUCUCGACGCAGCUGAACGAGCUCCGUGCCGAAGUCCGCGACCUUGCGGGCAAGAUUGGCGGCGGCGGCGCUGACGGUGCCAUCCGCCCCGACCUCUCCAAGCGCCUCGACACCAUUGCGAUGGACAUGGCUGGUGUGCAAAGCGCUCUGCAGGCCGUCGAAGCCUCGACUCUCCGACCCCACCCCGAGCUCUCUGAGCGCCUCGACGCGCUCUCGAAGAACAUGGCUCCCGGCGAAAAGGCGCUGCCUCCUGCUCCCGGCGAUCACGCAGACGGCAUUCCCGGCGAGGUGCACCAGAAGCUCGACGCGCUCGCGGUGCUCAUCCAGGUUAUGCUCCAGCGCCAGAAGGAGCUCGCCGAUGUCCAGGACGCAAUGGCGGCUGGUAACAUGGCUCCUGCCAUGGCCAACAUUGCAAAGGACGGUCCGGGCGGUGACAAACCCAAGGACGCCGCUGGAGGCGACAAACCGAAGGACGGCGCUGCUAAGGAUGCUCCGAAGGAUGGUGCCAAGGGCGACGCACCCAAGGAGGGCGCAAAGGAGGCCGUGAAAGAGGCUGCUAAGGCUGCCGCCGCUGGCGCUGCUGGUGGAGCUGCCGGAGCAGCUGCCGCCAAGGACGCUCCGAAGGACGCCAAGGCUGGUGGUGGUGACAAGCCCAAGGAUGCCCCUGCUGUGAAGGACGCUCCUAAGGAUGCCGCCAAGGGUGGCGACAAGCCCAAGGACGGCGGCGGUGACAAGCCGAAGGAUGCGGCCAAGGACGCUCCCAAGGACGGCAAGAAGGAGGAGAAGAAGGACGACAAGCCUGCCGCCGUGCUUGGCAACAUGAAGACUGAAGACGGCAAGGGCGGCGACAAGCCGAAGGACGCUGCCAAGGAUGCUAAGGGUGGUGACAAGCCCAAAGAUGCCCCGAAGGACGGCAAGGACGCUCCGAAGGACGCACCGAAGGACGGCAAGAAGGAGGAGCCGAAGCCCGACAAGCUCGACGAGGUGCACAAGCUGCUCACUGCUCAGAAGGAGGGCAGUGAGGUGCAGCAGAAGCAGAUCGGCGACGUUGGCAAGUAUCUGGGCGACCUUAACAAGUGGCUUCAGCAGUACUCUGAGAAGGCCGGCGGGGAGCUGGAUGGGAUGAGCAAGAAAAUGAACGGGCUCGUCGACACGGACGACAAGGGCGCGCCCAAGGGUCUCGUUCCGGACAUUCACAAGAUGCUCGCGGACCAGGCGGAGCAGAUCAAGAAGCACGAGAGCGUGUACAAGGAGCUACGCGACAUGAUGGAGAAGCAGCGUCAGGACCACGAGAACCUCCUGCGUGCUGUCGCGACCGACCUCAGCGCGGAGAUCAAGGGCGAGCGCGUGCGUUUCAUCGAGGCGAUGCAGGCCGCGACGUCGAUGAAUGUGAACAACCACGUCGAGGAGUUCAAGAAGGCGCUCAGCGGCGAGGUCGCGAAGGAGAUGAAGACGCUCGGCGAUCUGAAGGAGGAGCAGAAGAAUGUCCGCCAGCAGAUCAAGGACGCCCUCGCUUUCAUUGACAACCAGGGCUUGCCCAAGAAGGACCCGCCGAAGAAGGAUGACAAGCCAAAGCCCAAGGACGACAAGCCUAAGGAUCCCAAACCCGUCCCGCCCCCGGCUAAGGGCCCCUUCGCCAACAUCCUCGUGCCUCCCCCCGCGCCCAAGCCGGACGAGAAGAGACCCUUACCCGCCGCCCCGGCGUAG